AUGGGGUCAGAAGCUCAAGACCGUAUUCUAUCUCCUCGUACCAGCAUCCUGUCUGCCUGCGCCGAUAUACAUCACAAAAAUCAGACCCCUCUACCCAACAACUUACCCACGAACUACCUAGCAAACAACCAUAAUAGCACAGCGAGCAGCAUGAUCGGUCUGUUAGCAAUAACAGCAAUUCCCACCGUCACUGGUAUUGCCCUCGGGUGCAGCGAGCAGCGCAAACAGAAUUCACGAGAAGAUGACGAGAAACGCAUGGCGAAGUUCUAUACAGACGUGGAAUGCACAGAAGACGUCGAGGAGGCCGACGAGUUAGAUGGGAAGAGGGUUGUGCUGAGGAAUAACAAGGUAUACAUCGAUGAUCCAAACCCAGCGAACCGCAAGAUAGAAUCCCACGCCGGCCAAGCAUUCUACAUCGACUACCCUGAACCCGACCACAUGAAAGACCUGAAGCGAGGACUAGGCCUUGUCUCAACGAUACAGGACAGCCCACCGAUGCUGAACUGGUUAUAUUGCGAUAAGGAUACGCACGAGCUCAAGUACGGGAAUCGGACACAGAGCUGCGAGCAUGUUCCCGCGCCAUGGAACUGGACGGAUAAGGAGACGACGAUUGUAUUGGAGCGAUGUUGGGGAUUUUAUGCGGUCAAGGAGAAGGAUGAGCAGGGGAAUUGGGCUUGGGCGGUAUAUUUGGACAGGGAUGGAGAUGAGUUGCAGAGGGUCUUGGGUGAUAGGGAGGGAGUUGUUGUUGGGAUUAGAUUGAAGAGGACGUUGGUCGAGCUGGUACCGGCUGAUGGGGGGCAAAAAGGAGGGUCGUAG